AUGACAAAGCACACAGGAGAACACCCCUUUGGUUGCUCAGUCUGUGGUAAAAACUUCUGUUCCAAACAGUAUUUGACGUUUCACAUGAUGAAACACACAGGAGAAAUACCCUUUGGUUGCUCCGUGUGUGGUCAACAAUUCCCCCAGAAGUCAGUACUGGUAGCACACAUGAGAAAGCACACAGGAGAAAAACCCUUCGGUUGCUCAGUUUGUGGUAAAAACUUUCCUUACAAAUCCAGUUUGAUUUAUCACAUGCGGAAGCACACAGGGGAAACACCUUUUGGGUGUUCAGUUUGUGGGCAAAGGUUCCUUCUAAACUCACAACUAGCUUCACACAUGAGGAAGCACACAGGAGAAAGCCCCUUUGGUUGCUCAGUUUGUGGUAAAAACUUUUGCUCCAAACAAUAUUUGACUUUUCACAUGCUGAAACACACAGGAGAAAAACCUUUUGGCUGUUCUGUUUGUGGUCAAAGAUUUACUCGAAAGUCAUUUCUGGUGUCACACGUGAGGACGCACACUGGAGAAAAACCCUUUGGUUGCUCAGUUUGUGGUAAAAACUAAUUUUCCAAACCCAGUUUGACUUAUCACA